GCGGCCGCCGCCGGAACGCAAAGCCCUAGGCUACUGCACCCAAGGGGCACGUGAUCGCGCAGCACCGCCUCUCUCGUGACCUGCCGGCCGUUUCCGGCCGGGGAGGAGAAUGUGGCCGCCGAGCGGGGCGCUCCGGGCCUUCGCCUUGGUGCGGUUGCGGGGAGCCCGGGCCUGCAGCGGAGACGGGGCCAUCCCCUACACGCAAGGCCAGAGUCCCGAGCCCCGGACACGCGAGUACUUCUAUUAUGUGGACCACCAGGGUCAGCUUUUCCUGGAUGAUUCCAAAAUGAAGAAUUUCAUUACCUGCUUCAAAGACCUGCAGUUCCUGGUCACCUUCUUCUCCCGUCUGAGACCCAACCGCAGCGGGCGCUACGAGGCCUCCUUCCCCUUUCUCUCACCUUGUGGCAGAGAGCGCAACUUCCUGCGCUGUGAGGACCGGCCAGUGGUCUUCACGCACCUGCUGGCCGCCGGUCCCGGGCCCCCACGCCUCACUUACUGCGGCGGCGGCGAGGCCCUGGCCGUGCCCUUCGAGCCGGCGCGUCUGCUGCCUCUGGCAGCCAACGGGCGCCUGUACCACCCGGCGCCAGAGCGAGCGGGCGGCGUGGGCCUGGUGCGCUCUGCCCUGGCCUUCGAGCUCAGCGCCUGCUUCGAGUACGGGUCCGGCGAGCCUGCGCUGCCCACUCACGUGCUCUGGCAGGGCCAUCGCCUCGCCCUCACCAUGGACCUGGCCCCGCUGCUAUUCCCGGCUUAGCCGCCGGCGCCCCCAGC